CUGAGGUAGCCUACUACUGAUCAGCGUACAAGAAACCACCUCUGGGUUGGUUUGGGUUGGGUUGGAGGUUCUGCCUCUGUCUUCCUUUCUCCUCCUGUCACACGUUUUUAUUUCUCUCUCCCCAAGACUACAUAUUUCUUCGCAUCACAUCCAAGACUGAAAUUUUAAAAUUAAUCCUCCCCCCCCCCCCUCUCCCGAACCCACCUCAGAAAAACUAUUCAGAAGAUUUGGGUUUACUACAAGCUUUCAUCCCUGUUUUAUUUUUCAAGGGAUAAACAAUACUUUGAAUAUUCUGCCUCGCUGUCCGGAUUCUUUGACAAUAAAAGUACAUUGUAUCCACCUGGAUUUUCUCUUCUCAAUUGAUCAGUCUGGACUUUAAGACCUGGUUGGUGUAGGAGGCUUCUUGGAUUUGGGGUAGCCAUGGCUAUAGCAUUUACAAAUGUGUCAUGGUGGUUGUGGAGUGGAAAGCAGCAUGAACAUGAGGACCCCAAAGUCCCCAAUGGAACUUCUGUGAAUCCUUCACCUGAUCCCGGAUUGUGGGAAGCGGAUACUGUAAAGUUUCCUCUGGUUCACAGGGGAGGUUUGGGACCUUCUCCUAGACGAGUUAAGAGAAAAUGGCAUAGUCGGGAGGCGAGGAAGAUUGACAAGGAGUAUGAUGUUGUUCUUGUCCCAUCAGAUGGUGGAUGCCUUUCAGGGUCUGAUUCCGAUGAUUCGGAUUGGUCAAUCGGAUGGCUGGAGCCCCAUGGCCCUGCCUUCCGAACCGAUGAUGAUUCAGAUGAUAGUUUUGCUGUGCUGGUUCCUUGUUAUGGACGUGGCCGGGGAGAACUGGAAGAGAAUGUGAAGGACAAGAUUUUGGACACCAUUGGAAACAUCCCUGAUCUGUAUGCUACAGAAAGCAAGAAUUAUAUGGAGCAGUGGCUUUCUUCUCUACAGAACAAUUGACAUAAACAUGCCCUCGUGUGAAUCUCCUUAUGUUAUGCUGCACUUCUGUCCCAGUGGAUUAACUUAUAAUGGGUAUUAGCCUAAACAUACUAGUACUGAGAAAAACUGGAAAAUAGAGAAAAAAAAUAGUAAAAAGCUGUAAAUUAUAGUACAAUUAAGUUCGGUGAUUUGGUACUUUAUUCACAUUGGUAGUAGGGGAGGAGGGUUGAACUUAUUCUGACCUAGGACAAAAGGAAACGGAAAAUAGGGGGAUGAUGAUGUUUCCUUAUUUGGGGGAUGCUGGUUGCUGAGGAAAGCAAAAAAAGAAGGGGGACAAGGAAGGAAGAGAAACAGAAAUUGACUCUUUCUGUCUAGGAGGUGAUACGCUUGUGCACUUCCAGGUCCAGGAAUUGGCAAGGAACUUUAUAUUUGUUUCUAAAACGCCUGAGAUUAUUUUUCAGACACAGACUUGUUUUGAAGGGGAGGGAAGAAAUAAGAAAGCUUUGCUUGUGUCAUUCUUUGAUGUAAAUAGUUUUAUACAUAAGUUUGGCAAGUCGGAUGGCUGGACCAGUGAUCUUUUGUACAUUUGUAUAUAUGUCAGGUUGCAGUUUGAAUAAACAAAUUCCUGUAAAUAAUUGUAGCGUUCUUGGUAUCAUUAUUGCAAAAAGUAGCUAUUUUUUCAUUUGCUAAUGUUGUUUUUUCUGCGAGAUAGCACUGUAGUUUUGUACCUUGGUGAUGGCUUUA